GCAGCGGAUCGGGAGGUGAGGUCAGGCAGACAUUUCCCUUUGGCUGCCCCCUCCUCUUUUUUUAAGUCCCGACAUCGAUUUUUUUCCUGCGAAAACCGAAGGGCUAUUGAAGUGUUAUCGGGAGAUAUCAAACACUUGGGUGGAUGCACGUCUUCUUGCUACGUUAUUCAAGCUCCAACAGCUUUGUGAUAGAAAGGUUCAUCUAGGAGGAGGGAUGGUAGACAAUUCCAGUAGCAGUAAAGCGCAAAUGGAUGGAAGCCUGGCGGGAGCCUUCUCUCAGACAGCACUUGGUGGUGCAGCUGGUGUCAAACUUGAAGCUGUUAUGGAGCAGCUUCAAAGGCAGCAGCAGGCCAAACUGGAGAUGGAGCGAAAAGAGAGGCACCUCAGCGAGGCCCACCUUCUUUACGCACAGCAGCUAGCCGCUCAGCAAGCCAUCAUGGCUUCAGCAAGGGGCCGGAGUGCACCACUAACCCCUGACUAUUUCAACAUGAGCACUCGAGAAUGGGCCCCAAAGGGCAGCCAAGGGCCUCAGAGCAGCACUGUCUCUGCACAAAGCAGCAUGGAUUCAGAGAGGGAAGAGGGAGAUGGGGGGAUGGACAAAAGAAGGGCUUCUGCAGGAGAAGAAGAUGAAGACGACGAGAUGAUGGAUGGUGAAGAAGGUAGCGAAGAUGAUGAAGGCGAGGGUUUGGAGUUUCUGAGGAAGCAGAGUCUUGCUCUUCAGCAGGCAGGCAUGGGAGUGCCUCCAUACCCUUUCCCUGUUUAUGCAGCCUCCCCCCCAGCUGUGAAGAAAAGGACCCGCUCACCUCCACCUAAAGUGAAGGAUGACCCAGAAGGCAGCCCAUCUCCUGCAGACCAGCACUCGUUCAAUACGCCUAACGGCCUGGCCGACUGGAACUUUGAAGAGUCCCUCAAACAGAAUGGCGGUGUGAGUUGGAAUGAGGAAAGUGAUGGAGGGAGAGGAAGAGGGGAGGCCUCCAGAGACUUUGCAAAGCUUUAUGAACUGGACAGUGACUCUAACCGGAAGGAGUUUCUAGAUGACCUUUUCACUUUCAUGCAGAAAAGAGGCACGCCAGUGAACCGUAUCCCCAUCAUGGCCAAGCAGGUGCUGGACCUCUAUAAGCUCUAUAAGCUUGUGACAGAGAAGGGCGGCCUGGUAGAGGUGAUCAACAAGAAAAUCUGGAGAGAGAUCACAAAAGGCCUGAACCUGCCCACAUCCAUCACCAGUGCAGCCUUCACCCUCCGCACACAGUAUAUGAAGUACCUCUACCCAUAUGAAUGUGAGAAGAAGGGGCUCAGUUCUCCUGGGGAACUGCAGGCUGCCAUUGACAGCAACCGCAGAGAGGGUCGCCGCCCUGGCUACAGUAGCAGCCUGUACCGCUUCUCUCCCUCCCAAAGUGGAGGUGCCCCUCACCUCCUCUCUCCUCCCAAAAUGCACCUGCCUUCCUCUGGACACAAUGGUCUACAGAGCACACCUACUCCAGGUCUUAAGAAAGAGACAGUGCUAGUCCCUGAGGAGGGUCCUCCCAUGCUGCCCGGGAGACUCCCUUUGGCCUUAGCCCUGGGCCACCAGCAGCAGUUGGCUCGGGCUGCUACACUGGAGCAGCUGCGUGAUAGGCUGGAGACGAGCAUUGGUCCCGUCGCCCUGGCUGCAGGUGCUGCUGCCAUGGAGGGGCCUGAGAGGAAGAUGGCACGGCUGGCAGAGGAGCAGCAGAGACUGCUACAGCAGGCCUUCCAGCAGAACCUGCUGGCCAUGGCAUCGCAGGUGAACCCUGCCAGCCUGCGCGUCAACAGCACCAGUGCCCGCGAGGAAAAGCAGGACCUGUCACUCAGCAUCUCAUCAAAUGGAUCAGCCAGUAUCACUGUAUCAGUGGAGGUUAAUGGGGUUAUUUACUCAGGAUCUCUAUAUGCUCAGAAGUCCCAGGCAGCCAUGCCUACCUCUGUCAUGGCUACAUCCGUAAGCCAGCGCUCUACCCUCAGCCCCAGCGUGCCCUCCUCCUCUUCCUCCUCCUCCUCCUCCUCCUCCAAGGGCUGUAGCUCUGUUGAGCCCACUACUGCUGGUUCUCCUUAGCUCAGCCCACCUAAUUAUGGUCUCCCUCUCCUAGAGCAGCUCAGCUAUGGAAAGUGGUUGACCAUCCAGUGGUCUAUCAAAGCCAAGUCUACCUCCUUUUUGAGAUCCAUCAGGCUCACAUUUGCAAAAAGGGGCCUCCAUUUACAAAGAGUUUAUUAACUGCUCUGCCCUGUUGCAGGUGGCCUCUGCCCUUUUGCCACAAGUCUGCUACAAACCCUCUCAGGACCUGGACAAUCAUGAGAAUGAUCAGUUCCAAAAUCACAACAAAUACCUCAAAUAACUUAAGGAAACUGUGUUAUGAGCAUAUGUCUGUGCUCAACAUAUGUUAAAUACCUUGACUAAUAUGCUUUCAGCUAUGCAUAUACAUCCAUGGUAUCGUCUGCUUACAAACACCCUCCACCUAAACAAUCAUGGCACAAAAUACUCUGCCAAAUCCAACAGUUGGAAUUUAAACUUUUCAUAUUUUACCACCAAUAGGGGCUCUUUUAUAACAUGUACUGUACUUGUUAUAUGCACACCAACAGUAGGUUCCAAAGUAUUAGGACCGAGUCCCCUCAAAAUAUCAGGAUUGUUCUCUGGUCUAUGACUAGAGGAUUGGCAGUUUUUUUGCCCCUUUUUUGUUGAUUUUGCUGGACUUCAAAUGGACAACAGUUUCAUCAAGAGUUUUUUGCAGACUUGAUUUGGUUAGGAAUGGGGUCAAACAAAUGUAUUUUUUAUUUAGUGUAUUUACUUGAUUUGAUUGUGGAUUUGUUUUUCCAGUAUUUUUAGUUUAUAGACAUCCAGAUAUAUAUAUUAUUUUGAUUUGGGAAGUUUCAGGUAAUUUUGAAAAGACUUUUGAGUAAUUGAGUUUUGCUAUUAUUUAGACAUUCAGACAAUAGAUUGGUCUAAAGAAUCUACUGUGGAAUCUAUAUAACACAUAGACAUUACAGUAGAGGGAACACUUGCUUUUCUGCAUGUCAAUCAUUUAGAUAGCGUUGGACGAUCAGUCAUAAGCUCAGAAAUCUUAUGAGUACUUAUGAGUCAAACCAGGAUAUCAAAUGCAGAAAAAUGCUGAAAUCAAAAUCUUAUAAUGAUCAGGGUAUUUGUUCAUUUAGAAUCUGAGUUAUCUCAAUUAAUGCUAAUCUUGACAAACAUCAGUGUUUAAGAGAAAAAUAGGAACAGUGUUUUCAGAUAUUUUUAGAUGGGGUUUUGGGUUUGUUUUUUUGGGUUUUUUUUUUUGUUCCAUUAUCACCCCACCUAUAUAUAUAUAUAUAUAUUUUUUUUUUUUUUUUCUUUCUUUCUUUCGUUUAUAUAAAUUCAAACCUCAAAUGCCUUUCCAUAUUGGAAAGCAAGUUUCUCAGGAAUGCUCAGGUUGAUCUCAGUGGUUUUUAUCUCACCACCCAGACCCCUUACAUCUAGUGAACAAAGCUAGAUAUACCUCAAUGGGAUAAAUGAACUAGCUACCUCAGAAUUACAUUUGUAUACUAUGAGAGUUGGGUGUAUUUCAGAAUCAGCUCCAGACACUAGUUAAAUCAAAUAAAGAGUUUUAUGAAGUCCUUCUGAAAUGUUCUCUUGCUGAAUUCUGAAAUGUCCUCUGGUUAGUAGAAUAUACAAAACCUCCAAUACCUCAGAAAUUUGUAGAUAAUUAAUGGAAAAACAACUUUAAUACAGUAGUAUGAGGAAAAUGAUUAGAGGUAUAUGACUUCAGAUGGAGAUGUCUCAGAAUAUUAAGUUAUUCAGAAUGUCAGUUAUUCUAUAAAGACCAUGCAGCAAUGGGAUUAGGGUAUAUUUUAUUUCUUUCAAACAGCUUCAGUUCAGGAAGUAAAUUUAAGGCCUGAUAAAUCUGUAAAUACUGGUGAAUAUGAAUUUUGAAUUAAACUUCAUUGUAAUUACGUAAUGUACCAAAUUGGAAUUCUUCUCAAACCUGAUUGUCUUAAUAUAGCACAGAGCAGUCCAUGGUACUGCAUCAGGAGGUGGUUAUGUUACCACUGAACGUGACCACCUCCACUAUUCCUACUUUGACAUUUUGUGCUUAAAAACCUUGCCUGACCCUGAUGUGCAGAUACUUUAUCUCUCAUUUCCUCUUUGUACUGUAUUUAUCAGAAACAUACACAGCUGAAAACCAAAGACCAUUAUACUGUGUUUUUAAUGUCUCUGGUGUUCUCACUUUAUUUACACAUGGAAUUUUAAGUGGAAUUAA